CCCUGCAGGGAGGCGUCAGCCGAGUUGCCCAAGACGCCUCGCAGGGGGGACUGCCGCCGCCUCUGUCAGAGCCACACUCCGCAGCUGGGCUCUGGGACGGAGGCGCCUCGGCCAGACGUGACGAGCGGCGAUGGCAGUCAACAAGGGCCCGACCUUGCUGGACGGAGACCACCCGGAGCAGGAGAACGUGCUGCAGCGGGUGCUGCAGCUGCCCGUGGUCAGCGGCACGUGCGAGUGCGUGCAGAAGACCUACGCCAGCACCAAGGAAGCCCACCCGCUGGUGGCCUCCGUGUGCAGCGCCUACGAGAAGGGUGUGCAGGGCGCCAGCAGCCUGGCCGCCUGGAGCAUGGAGCCGGUGGUCCGCCGGCUGUCCACCCAGUUCAUAGCUGCCAACGAGCUGGCCUGCCGGGGCCUGGACCACCUGGAGGAGAGGAUCCCCGCCCUGCAGUACCCCCCUGAAAAGAUCGCGUCCGAGCUGAAGGACACCAUCUCCACCCGCCUCCGCAGCGCCCGCAACAGCAUCAGCAUGCCCAUCACCAGCACCUCGGACAAGGUCCUGGGGGCCGCCCUGGCCGGCUGUGAGCUCGCCUGGGGGGUGGCCAAAGGCACUGCCGAGUACGCCGCCGGCACCCGCGCCGGCCGCCUGGCCUCGGGAGGGGCCGACCUGGCCCUGAGCGGCGUGGAGAAGGUGGUCGAGUGCCUCCUCCCUCCAGCCACGGACGAGUCAGCGCCCGCUCCAGGCCGCCAGCACCCCCACGCGCCUCCCAAGACCAAGCCAAGCCUCGUGAGCAGGGUGGGGGCCCUGGCCAACACCCUGUCCCGGCACACCUUCCAGACCACAGCCCAGGUGCUGAAGCAGGGCCACGCCCUGGCCAUGUGGGUCCCCGGCGUGUCGCCCCUGAGCAGCCUGGCCCAGUGGGGCGCGUCGGCGGCCAUGCAGGUGGUGUCCCGGCGGCGCAGCGAGGUGCGGGUGCCCUGGCUGCACAGCCUGGCCGCCGCCCAGGACGAGGACCACGAGGACCAGACGGACAGUGAGGGGGAGGACAGCAAGGAGGAGGAGGAGGAUGAAGAGGAGGAGGUCGAGGAGAAGCUCAGUGAGGUGGCAGCCCCGCCCGGGCCGCGGGGCCUCCUGGGCAGCGUGGCGCAGGCCCUGCACAAGGCCUUCCGGGGCACCGUCGCCGUCGUGACCUGGGCGCCUGCCACGGUGCUGGGCACUGCGGGGCGGGUGCUGGGCCUCUCACCAGCCCGGGCUGCCGCCCCGACCAAGGGGCGGGCCAUGUCCCUGUCGGACGCCCUGAAGGGGGUGACAGACAACGUGGUGGACACGGUGGUGCACUACGUGCCGCUCCCCAGGCUGUCGCUGAUGGAGCCCGAGAGCGAGUUCCGGGACAUCGACAACCCGCCGGAUGAGACCGAGCGCAGGGCGUCUGUGGCGCGAUCAGCCAGCCCGGAGCCCAUGGCGCGCCCGGCGCAGCACCGAGGCAGCCUGCGCAGCGCGAGGGUGCAGAGCCUGGAGGACAGAGCGGACCCACCUGCCGCAUCGCGCCCGGCCUUCCCGGCCGCGCCCCGGGAGAAGCCUGCGCGCAGGGUCAGCGACAGCUUCUUCCGGCCCAGCGUCAUGGAGCCCAUCCUGAGCCGCGCGCAGUACAACCAGCUGCGCAAGAAGAGCUAAGCGCCCCUCCGCCGCGCCCAAGGAGCCAGGGCCGUGUGCGUCCACGGCAGCGUGGACGUCUUCAAAGUAGUCCCCCGGGGGCCCUGCGCCGCGGCACACGUGGUCUUGUCUUCGCGCAUCUCUGGGGGCCUUAGCCUGCGGCCAAUUUCAAAGAAAAAUCUGAGCAGCAAAGUGCUUUGAUUCUGCCUCGUUUGUUUUACUAAAAGGUUCCUUGCUUAA